AUGGCAACAACCUCCGACUUUGUGGGGAAGAACUGCCCUUUCUGCGGUGCGGUGGACAGUCUGCAGACCGAUGAUGCGCUGGGCGAGGUGGCGUGCACCGAGUGUGCGCUCGUCGUGGCGAUGGGCCUCGAGGAGAAUGCGUUGACGCGCUACAACAAGGACGCCACGUAUGACGACGUUGACCGUCACCGUGAAGGCGACGAGAUGAAUCCCUCAUCUUCCUCGGCGGCGGCGGCGGCGGCAGGAGGAGCAGCAAUGGGUGGAGCCUCGCUGGGGGGCGUUAAUCUGGCGAAGGUCACCCUGCACCCGGCGAUGCUCAACUGCAUUCGCGGCCUGCAGAAGAAGUCGGGCGCGCCAGAGCAAGCGAUCGGCCGCGCGGUGGAUAUCGCGAAGCACGUUGUGGGCGGCCGCCGCGCCCGCGGCCAGCGGCUAGAGAAGCAGCAGGACGUUGCUGCUGCGUGCUUCAUGAUCGCGGCGGAGCAGCUGAACCACCCAGUGCCGCUGGCGGAGCUGCGCUGCCUCGACGCGUCCCUCGGCGACGUGGAGUACCGCCGCGCUGAGAUCGUGAAGGAGACACGCAUGGAGGAAGAGGAGCGCCGCCUCAAGUCCGUCUUUGUAGACAACCUCCUCACGACAUACCUGCUCAAACUAGGUCUCCAGGUGUCGCUCUAUAUGCCACACUGCAAGCGGUUGUUGGAGGCGCUGCGGCACGUCGAGGCGCUCGCGUACGUUGGCGUCGUCGACCGAGUCAUUAUGUCACUACUACUCGCACGUACCUCGCGCAGUUUCCAGUGGGAAGGGAAGCCACCAGCCCACCAAAGCAACAACAGUGGCGCUGUUGGCGGGGCUCCUACCACGGAGGCGCUUUACGCCAACUUUGCAGCGAAGGCCCACUUGGACGUCGGCAAAGUGAAGAAGGUGAUGCAGACUGCAGCAGACAACCUGCGUGCAAUUGUCGAGGCCUUUGACGCCGCCGCCGCCGCCGCCGCUGCUGAUGCCCGUCCCGUCAACAGCAGCCGCAAGGAAGAUGAUGACGGCGAUGUGGGUCCGGAGGCAAAGCGCGUAAAGGUGGAGGAGGUGUGA